UGCCCGCGCCGUCGGGAUCGGCUGCUCGGGUCUGGCCCGGCCCCGAGCGCGGGAAAAGCGUUUGCAACACGGCUGGGCUCGGGUUGCGGCGGGCGCCGCGACCAUGUCCUCCGAGUCUUAUUUCCGCGUGGAGUCGGGGGCGCUGGGCCCCGAGGAGAACUUCCUGUCCCUGGACGACAUCCUCAUGUCCCAGGAGAAGCUCCCGGUGCGCACGGAGACGUCCAUCCCCCGCCUGGGCGCCUUCUUCCGGGAGCGGAGCGGCGGCGCCGACGCCGACCCCGACCCCGACCAGGCCAUCCCGCAGGGCUCCAAGCUGGAACUCCCCUUGUGGCUGGCCAAAGGGCUUUUCGACAAUAAGCGGCGCAUCCUUUCCGUGGACCUUCCCAAGAUCUACCAGGAGGGUUGGAGGACCGUGUUCAGCGCUGAUGCCAACGUGGUGGACCUCCACAAACUGGGCCCGCAUUUCUAUGGCUUCGGCUCCCAGCUCCUGUAUUUCGACAGCCCAGAGAACGGGGACAUUUCCCGGUCUCUCCUGCAGACUUUCAUCGGCCGCUUCCGCAGGAUCAUGGACUCCUCCCAGAACGCUUACAAUGAGGACACGUCGGCGCUGGUGGCCCGGCUGGACGAGAUGGAGCGGGCCUUGUUUCAGAUCGGCCAGAAGGGGCUGAAUGACUUCCAGUGCUGGGAGCGGGGCCAGGCCUCUCAGAUCACAGCUUCCAGCCUGGUGCAGACCUACAAGAAGAGGAAAUUCACCGACCUGGACCACUGAGGAGCAGGACUGCCCCGUGUGGCGCUGCCGUGGUGGGUGCCCGCCUGAGCUGGCCCUGGGGCCCUCACGCUGCCCCCCACCCCCACCCGUUUUCUUCUGCCGUCUUCAGAGCAGACUCAUGUCUCGUUGGGGAGGGAGGGUCUGCAGGGUGGGCCAGGCCAGACUCCCCUGGCUCAGGCCUCCCAACCCUGAGACCCAGCGCUGAGGAGAAAGCAGUCUUUGUUGAAUGCAACAUCACUGAUGCAGAUACUGCAGCAAAGCCGGGGCCAGGGCUCCCUGAGCCCGGGACUCACUCGCACAGCCUGGGAGUGAUGGCCGCAUUCCCCCUCUCCAGAGCACAGCUGCACUCUGGGCCUCCUCCCUCCAUCCAUUAUCUGCUCUGCCCGCAGCUGCUGCCUCUUCCUCAAGGCUGCAGCCAAGGGCAGCACCCCCCUGGGACUGAAGAAGCCUAUGAGAUGUUACCCCGGUUUCUUCACACAAUCUCUGAAUAUGAGGAAGUCAGGAAUGGAGACGGACAGAACGCCCAGGCCUGGUCUGCCCUGUAGAAAGCGCUGUGGCUCCUCUGUCAUCAGCCACUUGUGAACUGGCUGUCCCAGCACUGUAGAGCCAGACCAGCU